UAUUAGCCAGAUCCCCAAUCUCCUCCGUCCUCACCCGCUCGUCAACCCUAGCCGCCAGCGACGGACGAGGCCAUCCCGCCGCCGCCGGCCAACUCGUCCGGCGACACGGCCGCCGCCGGCCAACUCGUCCGGCCACCCCGAAGACAGUCUCCUCCUCGAGCCGCCCCUUCCCCGACACCGCGAGUCCUUCCUCUGUCUCGCCACCCCAACCUGUCAGCAGCCGGCACCGCCUAAGGUCGUCGGCCUUGCUCCUCUGCCCCGCCGGCGCCGCUCCAGAAGCUCAAGAUUUUGGUGAGAUCUCCUCUCCACCGCCGUCACUCCCACUGCUGCACGGAUCCAUGGCGGAGUCCGCAAGUCUCCUCCAUGGCCUCCAGGAUGAGAUCUUCAUGUUUGAGAUCCUCGUUCGCCUGCCCCCCAAAUCCCUCCUUCACUGCUGUGCCGUCUGCCACGCCUGGCGCGGCGCCACCUCCGACCGCGACUUCCUUGUCGCCCACCACGCCCGCCAGCCCUCACUCCCUCUCCUUUACACUGAAAUUGAUGACCCGCCGUCCAUAGACAUCAUCACCCCCUUCCCCUGCGACCACCGGGCAGACGACAAGCUCCAGCCCGUUGCCCAACUCAGUGGUGCCCAUGACUUCUUUCCCGUGGCCUGCUGUGACGGCCUCCUUGUCUUCACCACCUGCGGGGGUGAACGCCUCUCCAUCUGCAACCCGGCCACUCGUCAGUAUGCUCGUCUCAACCAGCUUGAUGACUUCACGGUUUUGGGGAUGUACCCACACAGCCCUACCAGCGAGUACCGACUACUGCUCUGCGUCUGCCCGGAAACUGAUGCUCAAAGUGGCUUCUACGUCUUCACAUUAGGCUCUGACCAGCAGCCGAGGCACAUCGGGGCGCAUGCCAAGGGACUGUUGCAACACCAACCUGUCCUUUUCCGUGGUAGCCUGCAUUGGCACACAGAGCGACUGAUAAUGGUAUUUGACACCACCGCUGAGUUGUUCCGGCAGAUGCGCUCUCCGAUUGAUCCCGGCCAUGCCGAGGCUGACCUGUUUGAGAUGGGUGACUUGCUUGGCAUGUACAGUCUUAAUGAAGAAAAUACCAUUGUUCAUGUCUGGGUGAUGCAGGACUACGAAGGCCAAGUCUGGGCCUCCAAAGCCUGGCGGGUUCAAUUGCCGAUUGCAGAGCUAAGGGUGCUAUUAAAAAACUUUCGCGGUUUUUGGUGUGUGGAUGUUGCAUAUUGGGAUGGUGAUGUCCUCGUGCUGGUCGAUAUUGACAAGGACUCGCUACUUCAGUUUGACAUUGAUGGCAAGUUGGUUGCUAGUCUCCAUCGCAGAUUUCUCUGCUAGUGGACUUGGGCUCAAACAAUCUCUAGUUUCACAUACCUGCUUUCCGGCACCAGAGGAUUAUGUUCACCUUUCAUCUGACCAGAUUGUUAUGUUGUGAAUAUUAUUUAGCUUUUUCUCUGAGCUGAAGAAUUGCCUUGGUUUUUCUGUAUCAAGGUCUUAUUUCUUGAAGAUCAUCUUGUGGUUUUCAUAAUACUAAAUAUUUAGCCAAUAUACAUAUGUUUCCUGUUUCCAAGUAUUGUUUUAGCUGACGAUAAAAUGUGGCAGAUCAUCCUCUCAAUUUGUUCACUUUGCCCCCCCCCCCCCUGUGUAGUGGUCUACUUAAUACUUAACCGUUAGCAAUCUAGAUGCCUCUUGGUGUCUGUUCAUUGAACCGAAUAAUUGACCUGACCUUUUUGUUGAGGUCUUCAUUUUUAGAGGUUACCCAGUUAUCCUUUUAAUACUAAAUAUUUAGAAAAUGUACAGUUGGUUCAUGUUUCUUUGUUUUGUUUUAGCAAAUGGUGAAAUAAGGUAGAUUAUCCUCCUUGUUGACUAGCUAGUUGCACCUGAUUUCAGAAGAGUUUGCAACACUACUUAAAUUGAAUGAUUGCAUGAUAGUUAACUUUCAACUCAAUAUUCUGUUGCAGUUCAUUCAUGUUCAUGAUUCCAUUAACAUCUGGUCAGGUAUUGAAACAUAGUGUUAUAUAAUUCUGCCUUUGUGUUGUAUCGUUUAGAAUUACAUAUAUGACUUCACUUUAACUGCUAACCACUUUUAAGGAAUCAUUGCUUCAUGUGAUCUUCGAUCUUAACAUAUGCUCGAGAAAUGGAACUUGGUACUAAUGAGCAGAAGAUUAAAAACUGAGUCCACCAUUAGCCGACUAGUUUCAUUUUGAUGUAUAUACGAGUUAUGAUCAAUGAUCUCUGAAUGUUUCAUGGUUGCUUGAAAUUUAUACUUGUGUGAAUAUCCUUUUGGGAUGAAGUAGCUAGCAUGAUGAUGCCACAACUAUUCACUCAUUUUGGCCGACGUUCGAAAUUGUUGCUAAUUGACUUGCACCAUGCCUCUGUUUUUCUAUCUAAUGAAUUGACUUGGAUUUUUUAUCAGUGUCUUCUUCUUUCUUAGAGAUCAUCCAAUGAUUUUCUUAUAAUACUAAAUAUUGAGCCAAUAUACAUCAGUUUCCUGUUUCCAAGUAUUGUUCUAGCCCACUAUUAAAUGUGGCCAUCAUCCUCUCAAUUUUUUCAGUAGCAACUAGAACCUCAUUGUUAGAGGAACUUUAUGCGCUGAUCGUUAAAUUGAAUGCAAUGAUCACAUUACAGUCAGCUUGUCAGUGAAAUUUUUUGUUGCAGUUCAUUCUUCUUCAUCCGGCCAUUGCAUCUGGUUCGGUAUUAAUUGCCGUUAUUGAUCACAGAUCAUAUGAUGUGCCAUUCCUGCAGGGUAAUUCCUUAGCUGUUCACAUUAUUUGUAGGCUACUAAGAUAUUAUAAAUAGUGGAUAAAUUCUUUGGAGUGCGGUUACAGUUUACAAUGUUGAUUCAGUAUACAAGUUUAACACCCGUGAUCUGAAACCAGUGAACAGCUGAAACUGGAGUUAUAGUUCUUGUACCAGAGCAACAACGCGGGCAUCCUUGACUGUAUUCUUUGCUUUGCGGAGCUAGCUUCUUUUAACCAAUUCUGUGGUACCCUUAGCUUAAGAACGGGAAAAAAGCUAUAAGUAAGGCCAUUGGUUUAGUAGCUGAUAGCUGGGGUGAGGUUAACUUAAGCUGAGAGUCAGUUAAGAACACCCAGCCAAAACAGUGAAACAUGUGUGAGAAACAACAGAACCAAACCAAAAGGAGGAAGACCAGGGAGAAAAAUGGUUCAAACACUGGGUGGAAAGAAUAGAUAGAAAAUACUAGGUGAAAAAUCAGAUGCAAAAUGGUGGGAAACAAAAAAAUGUAGAUUGGAAAAUAAACAAAGAAAAAACUAGCAGUACUUUAAAGUUCCUAGGAUUGUUCAGCAGUACUUCCUAGGAGGUUUUCACCCUGUUUCUUGAGUAAAUGUGUACCUAGCAAAAGAAGUACCUAUCAUCCAAAUUAACAUGCCACGGUCCAAAUUAACUUACAUUCGCUUUCCUAGUUAUCUAGAGGCCCAAUUAACAUGUACCUAGUUUUUAUUGAGGUUUACUUUUCUAGAGAUUACCCAGUUGUCUUUUUAAUACUAAUUAUUUAGCAAAUGCAAAUUCGAUUCCUAUUUUGUGUUUUGUUUUAGCCGACGGUGAAAUGAGGCAGAUUAUCCUCCUUUUUAGCUAGCAAGUUGCACCUGAUUUUUAUAAGAGUGUGGCGCGCUAGUUAAAUUGAAUGAUUGCAUUAUAGUCAACUUUCAAGUGAAAUGUUCGGUUUCAGUUCAUUCUUGUUCAUGAUUCCAUUGAAUCUGGUUUAUUGAAACAUGUUAUAUAAUUCUGCCUCUGUGUUGCAUCAUUUGGAACUAUAUUUAUCAUUUCACUUUAGCUGCUGAUAAACAUUUAAAGGAAUCACAGCUUCAUGUGAUGUCUAAUCUUAACAUAUGCUCGAGAAAUGAAACUUGUGUGCAGAGCCAUGUUCUUUUUUUUGUGACUGGUGUCUGGUGCAAUGCUCCACUAUGAGAUGGCUAGUUUCUUUUUGAUGUAUGCAAGUUAUAGUCAAGAAGCUCUGGCUGGUUAAUGAUUUGCAUGAACACUUGUGUGAAUAUUCUUUUGAGCUGAGGUGGCUAGCAUGUUGAUGCUUAAAUUAUGAAGUAGUUUUGGUCAAUGUUCGAAAUAGUUGCAAAUUGAUCUGCCUCAUGUCUUUGUUUUUCUUUGAACUGGAGAAUUGCCUUGGUUUUUUAUCGAUGUCUUCUUCUUCUUAAAGGUCAUCAAGUGGUUUUCUCAAUAAUAUGAAAUGGUUAGACAAUAUACAUCAAUUUCCUCUUUCUAUGUACUGUGUAACCCACGAUUACAUGUGGCUGAUCAUUAUCUUGAUUUGUUCAGUUUGACCUGAUUGUCAGGGGCGGGGCCCAUUGGGCUGAUCCGUAUGCACAGGAAUACGGGUCCAAAAAAGUGCUAGUAGUACCUAUCAAAUAAAAAGGCCCAGUGCAUCAGGGUCUGUUCUUUCCAGCACGCCUCGGCAGCCCACACUGGCCCAUAUCCUUAAUCGAUCCACGCACGGGACACGGGGGCAGUGCCCUAACCUAAAUCCAUCGCGUACCCAAGCAGCAGGGGGACUGCGGCAGGGCGAUGGACGCCGUAGGCCACCGGCCACGCAGCCCGAGUCUUCACCGGCGAGUCGACGCCGCACGUCGGUCCGCCGGUCCGGCUCUCGGUAAUUCGGCAAUCUUUUCAAAUUCCAAUCUUGAGUCUUCCGCUCUGUCUUCCAUGCGUCCAUAGAUUACAAGUUUUACAAUAGACCACACUUGCGACUAGUAUUUUCUUGCUUUUCCUAUUUUGUUUACAAACUGCAACAAUUAUAUAUAAAUUUGUAGCAAAUAGAAUAAAUCACUAUGUUUUGACAAAGCAUGAGGGCAUUUCCUAGGGUUAUAACUUCUAAUUAAGAGUAUAUUCCAUUUGUCUAUAUAGGUAUUCAUGUCUCAUUUCUAAUUUGUAUUUGUCAAAUAGAGAUACUAUGGACAAGUUUUUCUCAAAAGAAAGGUACUAUCACAAGAUGUUCCAAAAGACAUAAAUUGGGAAGAGGAGUUUCAAUAUGAUCCUGGCAAGAGAAAAUUAAUAGAACAUUUUCAUCCUAAUUUGAAAGAUCUAGUGAGAAGAUAAUAUAUUGUACUUGUAAGUUUAAUUCUAUUUGUAUGUUGUAGGUUACUGAACCUUGUUGUGCGACGAUGUAUUUUGGAAUUUGGAAAUGCAAAGCAUCCUUUUCAAGUAAUUUUGUCCCCUGUUUUAUCAUUACAUUAAGAAUUUUGAUGGCUGCAUUUUGUUUUCACAAAUUGUCUUUUGUUAUAUCCAAUAAUAUGUGUGCUAGAAGCUAUGGAACACACCUAUAUCCAAUACACCGUUGCCUGAAAAAUUUAUGCCUGGUCAAAGUGGUGCAUUGGGUAACAUUUACUCCAGCUCCGCCCCUGCUGAUUGUUAGAGGAGUUUGGACACUGCUUGUUAGAUUGAAUGGAGCGAUUGCAUUACAGUCAACUUGGCCAUGUCGAGUACCAUUUCUCGAAAGUAGAUUGCACAAUUUGUCACUGCACGUAUGGUGUGUCAUUCCUGCAGGGUGAUUCCUCAGUUGCUCACAUCACUUGUAGGUCCCAUUAUCUGUUGCAUGCAUGCCCCCUCUGGCAUCUGCACGCGUGUGUGAUAAAUAUACCCAUUGUGGCUGCAAUAUGUUUGAAUGAUAUCCACUAUGAGCCUGUUAGUUUUUUGUACAAAGUUAUGAUCGAGAAGCUCCAACUGUUAAUGGUUGCAUGAAAUUCAUAUUUCUGUGAAUAUCCUUUUGAACA